CGAGACUUUUUAACAGAGGACUUUUAUUUUGGCACACGAGCCGCACAGGUCCGUCCAUGAAGGAAGCAGCGUCAACUUUGUUUUUGUUUUACGUGUUAAUUCCUCCAUGAGCAUGGACCGACCCAGUCUGCGGAGGCUGUUUUCCGCCUGCGACGUGAACAAGACCGGGAAGAUCGAGUACGGCGACUUCGCGGUCGUCUGCCGGGAGCUCAGCGUCCCCGAGGCCGAGGUCAGAACUCUGUUCGACGAGUUCGACGCGGACGAGCGCGGAUACAUCGACUACAGCAAGUUCUCCUGCAGGUUCCGGCAGGUGUCGGACACGCUCGACGGGGGCGCGCGCGGCGCGGGGCCGAGCGGCUCGUGGGAAGAGCUCGUGGGCCGGAUGGACGCCGAGUGUCUCCUGUCCGAGAGUCUCAGGGAGCAGCUGGCUGAUCUUUACCAGGCCAUUCAUUCCUGUGCAAACACGACUCUGCUGCAGGAGUUUGAGAAAACCAUCCACGCUCUGAUCAGUCAAAGCCUCGACAACCGACUGGAGUGUGAGCAGCUGGAAACCAGUUUGAAGCGAGUCCGUCCCUCCCUCGCCUCUCGUUGGUCCGUGUCCUAUCUGACGAGAGCAGAGCAGUCGCUUCAAGUCAAAUCAGUAAGAGCCGAGGAGAUGAACAGCAGUCAGCUGGCAGAGCUGGAGGACGACAUACAGCAACAACUUGUCAGAGCGGAGGAGCGGGUGAGAGACGAGGAGCGCAAGAAAAUGGAAGGAGUCAUGGCCGCCAUGCAUAGGAAGCAUGAGAAUGAGGUCGCAGACCUGCAAGCCACCGCGGACAGUCUGUUAAAGCACCAAGAAGACUCCGAAUUCAUCCAGUCAAGGGAGGAGGUGGUCAGACUGAACAGACAAAUCAGCAGUCUCUCACAGGAGAACGAGCAGCUGCGGGCCUCUCUACUGCAGGCGCAGACCAACGUCGCCGUCCUGCACUCGGAGCUGGACAAGCUGAAGAACAUGUACGCAGAUCAGAGAGCUCAACAUGAAAGAGAAAAAGAUGAUUUGAAGAUGAUGGUUAUGGAAUAUCAGUCGUACUCCAGUCAGAUUCAGACCCUCCAGGAAAUGAAUAAAAACCUGUACGACAGUAAUGACGGGCUUCGAUCUGCAUUGGCCAGUGAGGUGGUCACAGCUAAACGGAGGCUGUCUUCCCAAAAUGAAAUCCCUGCCCGAAAGCUGAAACCCGUCCGACAGAGCACACUCAACUACAGCAGGUAUAUAAACUCAGGGGAAGAUCCCAGCAAAGUGGUUUACUCUCACGUAGCCACCUGGGCGAACAAGUACCUGGACAGUGGCGUCGCUCUGCCGAUGGACACGGCUGACAGCUCGGGCAGCGACUAUGACAGCGACGACAGCAGAGCCUCUGUGGAAACGGUGCACCACAGUUACUCCUAUGUUCCGUCGGAGGUGGAGAUAUCAGAAAUCAAAUCGGAAGCUGCAGUGUCGGUGACUCCCAGCAGGGCGACCUCCAUCACAUCGUCCCUACGAAGACGUUUGUCGGCAUUUUCCACAAAGCCUUUUGACACCAACAUUGAAGAAACUUCGGAACCGGCUCCGAUGUACCGUCUGGUCUUAGCUGGAGAUGCCGGAGCUGGAAAGUCCAGCUUCAUGCUGAGGCUGACGCUCAACGAGUUCAGAGGAGACAUUCAGACGACGCUGGGAGUUGAUUUCCAGAUAAAGAGGAUGCUAGUGGACGGAGAGAAGACGAACCUGCAGAUAUGGGACACAGCGGGACAGGAGAGGUUCCGUAGUAUCGCCAGAUCUUAUUUCCGUAAAGCUCAUGGUGUCCUGCUGCUCUACGAUGUCACUUCAGAAAGCAGCUUCCUGAACAUCAGAGCGUGGGUGGAUCAGAUUCAGGAUUCAACGGAGGAGAAAAUCCCCAUGUGUGUUAUUGGAAACAAGGUGGACCUCCGAGAGCAGCUCGCAGAGGGAAGGUGUGUGAGCAGUUUGCACGGGGAGAAGUUGGCCAAGGCAUAUGGCGCCUUGUUCUGCGAAACCAGCGCCAAAGAGGGAACCAACGUCGUGGAAGCUGUGCUUCAUCUAGCGAGAGAAGUAAAGAAAAAUGUCAAACUGAGGCGGCAGUCAGACUCUGAGGUGAAACUGAGUGAAUCCAAUGCAAAGAAGACUCUUAACAGCUGCUGUGGAUUGUAGAUGUGUGUUGAUGGUAGAUUCAAUAGAGCAAGAAAGGACAUGAAGUUUUUAUUUUGUGACGGAGAAGAACCCAAAAUAUUUUUAACCUUACAUAUAUUUUAAUCUCUGGUCUGAAAUAUAUUUUCCUAGAUGUUGAUUCUAUAAUUAAAUGAAGACUUCUAUUACUAGAGAACUGCACAUGUACAGAUAAAUGCACAUAAUGAAGCCA